AAACAACUUGAGGAGAUUUUCAAUAUUUUCAAAUAAAUUUAUGUCUGUCCUUUUCUAUAACAUCAGACCCAGAACCCAGAGUACACACUGGGAGAAUCCAGCAAUCGGACGGAGGAACUGGAGGAAGUUCCUAAACAAAGAAAAAAAUAUGCAUGAAAUCUGCUACUUAAAUUCAACUGUAUCCAGAUAACAUCCAGAUUCCUUGCUUUCUUCCUUCUUAGAAAUUCAGCGAUUGCGCAGAGUGCAUUCAUAUUCAUAAUACACAGGAAAGGAAGAGCAGACAAUUGAAACAAUUGACAAUUGAAUAUUGAAUUGAUAAAUAAUUUUUUCAUUGUAAAAAGAGAAAAAUCUAAAAAAAACAUUAUACAUUUGAGUCCUCUUUGCAGAAAAUGUAGUAUUUUAGGCAUUUCGACUGAAACAUCUCAACAAAAUGUAACUGGAGUUCAGAAAAGUACUUUUGUAUGUUUUGCUUAGAUAUUGCUUCAGUUGCACUUUGUAAUUAUGUCUGGACAACAAAGCACCCCUUGUAGAGUACCAAAGACCCCACCAAAUUCAGGUAAGCAGGGGCCAUUAAAAGCAACUAUUCCAAUCAGUGGAGUGAUUAAACAAUCUAGCAAUGUCAGGAGUGGAAUUAGCCCAGUUUCACCGUUUUCUUGGAAAAGUCGCGGUUCACCGGAUCAUGUUUCUGGACAAAGAAGCCCUGGAUCCUCAAGUUACAAAGGAAAAUCAAAAUAUAGUGGUGGUCCUUCAGAGGUAAUGCGGAGAACUGCAUCCUUGGACACAAUUUAUUUAAAAGGACAUUGGCCAAAAGACCAUUUUUACUGGGGUUAUAUGGGCAUAUUGCAAUUUGAUAAAGCUACACAAACAGAAGAUAUUGAUUGGAAAAGCCAUUACACUGAAACUGAGGAAAAAUUGAGCUUGAGACCAAAAAUUAGAGGGAACAAAGAAUCUACUAGUCGGCACAUUUCACCUGGAGACAAUACUUUGAAUAAUAGCUCCCAAACUCUAACUUCUUGCAUGUUGUCCCUAACUUCAAAAGUAAGUAUCCCUAUCAAACCAUUACCAAAAUCUUCGAUUAGAAGCUCAGUGGAAGGUCUGAAUCAAGAAAUUGAGAGGAUAGUAUUGAGAACUGGAUCUGACGGAAAUCAAACUGAAAGAUAUGAAUGUCACCAAGCCACUCCUGAAGGUCAUAGAGCACCACUGGCAGAAAUGUUGAGAUCAAAUAGGUCCAGAUCUGUCAAUACUCAGACUCCACAAGAUUUCAGUCACUCGUCAGGUGAAAGCCAUGGAUCAAGUCCAGAUAAUGAAGCUAGCAAACUUGGAACGUCCCCUCAUAUAAACCGGUUUUUAGCUAGAGAACCACCAGAUGGCUGUGAAAAGGUAAGGCUCAAGUCGCUUGACGAUAAAACGAACAUUCUCCUAGAACACGCCCCGCAACCCAGUACCUUCAAGCUCAGGCCCAGCUUGGGUUCCGCUUUUAAAAUACUACAACCCGCGCUUAGCCCUAGCGAGGAACAAGUGGAACCUUUUGUGCCUCAAGGCGAUUAAAUUAGUAAAAAAUAUUAUAUUUUCUAUAUUGCUAAUAAGUUCGACGGCAACAGUCAGCUUACUGUCACUUACAUGUGCUUUUUCAGACUUGCUGAUGAACUUAUGAUGCGAUAAACUGAUAAUUAUUAUGUAGAUAUGAAGAAAAUGAACUUAAAGAUGAACCACUAUUAGUUGCCAAUGUUGUCUAAUUUUAAUACCUUUAACAUCUUGCUUGUAAAAAUUUUUCGGCACUUACAUUUUGAUACUAAUGUCAUCAACGUCGACAAUUGUUUAUUUCUGAAUGUUUCAAUGACUGCCUAAAAGCUUCUAUCGAAAGUUGCAGUCAUACACACCUGUUGAUAGUCCAGGCUACUGUAAUAAUUAUGACAAGCAAUUUGUGCAGGUUCACUUGGAGUUUAUUUUCUUCAUCUAAAUCAAAUAUAUACUUUGAGUUAUAAACUAAGGACCCAAGUUAUCCAAUGCAACUUUGCACAUUUACAAACAACAACUAAUUUCUUUUUGGCAAUUAAAGUUAUUUUAGAUCUGAUUAAACUUCUAGUCGCAUAUUUGGUUAUAACUCAAAGUACCUAUACAUUUAGAAAACUGAAAGUUUCUUUGCAAUGAAUAAAAUAUUUAAAAAUGUAUUUAUUAGUUCGUAAGAAGUACCUACUAUUAGGCAUUUUAAAGAUCUCGAUAGGAUACGUGAGUACUGAUUUUUUUUUAGAUACUCAUAUUAUGUAAUAGGAAUCGUAUGAGAGAAUUUUACACUAAGACAAAAAAAUUGUACCUUCAGGAAGAGGGUGGGUGAUAUAUUUACAAAGGGGAAAUUUCUGAUUUUGAAACUGUUUUUUGAGAGAAAAAAAUGUGCCUUCCGGAAAUGGUGAUUUAUUUUUAUUUUGAGUAAAACAUUUAAAACGCUCGUCGUUCCUAAUUUUUCAAUCAGAUGUUUGUAUCACAGGGUGUUAAAAAAUGUGAGAGGAACUUAUACUGAUGUGGAAAAACUUUUUUUCUGUGAAAUGCGACAUACAGGGUGUACUAAGAAAUUUAAUAAACAUUAGAGUUAGAAUAUGUUCAUAAAAAAACAUUACCAAAAAGAAACCUAGUGUACAAAAUAUUUUUUGUUCUUUAAAAGAGGAAAAACUCCUUGUCAUUCAUUGCAAAGUAACUAGAUUUUAUGUCCAAGAAACUUUAUUUAGUGUCUUUAAUUGUUUUCAAUGUUUUUAUAAUAAGAUAUCUAAGGGCUUCUUGAAAAAAAAAAAUUGUUCAAGUAGGUAUGAUUGUUUGGUAGAAGGAAUUAUUGGAAGUGCUGAUUUUAAUGUUUUUUUUUUUUUGAACUCGCUAUGCAAAUUCUAAUACUUUUCAUAGAGAUUCGACACCUUACAGUAACCAGUAACUGAAUAUUAUAUUAAUUUUGAUAAGAACUUUGAGGUUGGUUUUCUCUCCUGAUUUCCGACAUUUUAAAAAGUACACUGUAUACUGGUAUAGCGGCUUAGGUGCCAGUUAAUUUCCUUUCAUUUACUCAAAUUAGGCCCGGUUUAUUCAUCUUCAGACAAACUUGUUGGUAAGCAUCUGCAAGAUAAAUUUACCGUUCUAUAAUUCUAUUGAUCGGUAUUGGUAAAUAACUGGUCAACCAAUGGGAUUGAAUUUUUAUCAGUCAGAUUGCAUUCCUGAUAGUUUAUCAGAUGGUGAAAAAAGUCCUUUGUAAGUUGAAAUUCUUUUCCAGUAUUUCUUUCCUGUACAAAAGUUUGUAUUUGAGAUUUCUAAAAUAGCUCUCUCCAAACUUUCAUAAAAUGCUUAGCUAUAGAAUAGCGAUUAUAGUGGAUAACAUGGAAUUAUUUAAAGACAUUUCAAUAAUUGUGACGUUUCGACUAGUGAAUCUCCAGUCUUUACCAAGCUAAAACUGCUUUACUGGACGUUACGUCGUAAUUAUUGAAAAUCCAAGCUCAAAAAUCAUACCACUACAAUGCAGGAGUUUAGGUAUUUGCUUCUAGGCUUGAUCCUCUCCCUUUUCUUCCUUCUUUGUUGCCAAACACAACGAUGCUUCUUUACUUCCUUGUUUCAAUCUUAUUUCUUAGUUUUUUCCACAUGUUCUGCACAAUAUAUAGUUUUGUGGUUCGUGAAUUUGAGGCUAUACUUUUGAAAUUUAGUUAUUUUCACUAACAGUUCAUAGUAACAUAUUUCAAGCAAGUAAACUAUUAGUAUUAAUAGCCAUUUGAUUUAAUGGUGAUUUCAAAUUAAUGUAAAUAGUUGAAUUACCUGAAAGUUACCCAAAUAAUUCAGAAACGUAAUUCAAUUUUGAGUUAAAAUCAGCUUUCCUACUACUUCCAGCCAAUUCUUCAUCUGUGACAAAGAAAACUAAAAAAAUAAAAAAACAUGAAUAGCAACAUCAAAAAAAAUUAAAAGAAAUAGUUUUCAGUGAUUUAAGUAGAUUUUUUAUUAUUGUAGAUUUUUGGUAUGGUUUGAUGUAAAGAAGCUGUGAUUUAUUUUUUUAACCGAAGCUUGUUUGAAUUUUUAAUGGACUGAAUACUACUCCAACAGAUACAGAUUUUUCCUGUCAAUUAAUUGACUUGAUAUCGCAUUAUUCAGUGCGCUUGUAAUUAACGCCUAUUUUACGUUCUAUAUUUUAAUUUAUAAUCUGGCAAUUGAAUUUUAGUUUCUUCAAAAAUUAUUAAGAGACUAAUUUAAUUCCAGAUUUUUUGCAAUCCAAAGCUCAAGUGUAUGAGUUAGAAAAGGAGCCAAAUUUGAUGAACUAUAUACAUUUACGGUCACAUGACUUGUGCGUCCUUCACUCAAAAGUAAAAUUAAAUCAUUUUUGAGUAAACUCAAGUAUGAGACUUGGGGGAUUAAAAUUUAGAUUCUUCUUCGUUGAUCGUUUUGGCAUAUGGCAAUAUGUUGAAAAAUAUGUAUGUACGUAUUUUUUUAAAUACUUUAAAUAACAAAUAAAAAGUAGAGAAUGUUUAAUAUAAUUUGUAUUAUUGUUAAAUUUUGUAAAAGUACCUAUUUUGUAUAUGUUUAAAACAUAUCUAAUAAAAAGUGAGACUGAAUGUGG